UGUCAAAUGGAGGGGGUGGAUACCGGAAGUAGGAUAGCUUGCGAAGCUAGGCAACUUAAAUGCUGGAAGACAUGGCUGUUUUUCUCAACAAUUAUUGACAUGUAUAUUUAAAUGUGUUUUUUUUAGAAUUCAAACAGUCGGAUCAUAUAUAUAACACAGUAGCCCUGAACAUGGAGUCCAUGCUGAACAAGCUCAAAAGUACCGUCACCAAGGUGACGGCCGACGUCACCAGCGCCGUCAUGGGCAACCCAGUGACGAGGGAAUUCGAGGUGGGCCGCCACAUCGCCAGCGGGGGGCCUGGCCUCUGCUGGAGGAUCUACAACGGCACCAAGAAGUCCACCAAACAGGAAGUGGCUGUGUUUGUGUUUGACAAGAAGUUGAUUGACAAGUACCAGAAGUUUGACAAAGACCAGAUCAUCGACUCGCUGAAACGAGGGGUGCAGCAGCUUACCCGCCUCCGGCAUCCCCGCCUGCUGACGGUGCAGCACCCGCUGGAGGAGUCUCGAGACUGUCUGGCCUUCUGCACGGAGCCGGUGUUCGCCAGCCUGGCCAACGUGAUGGGCCAGUGGGACCACUUGCCGAGCCCCGUCCCCCAAGACAUCAAGGAGUACAAGCUGUACGACGUAGAGACCAAGUACGGCCUGCUCCAGGUCUCAGAGGGCCUUGUGUUCCUGCACAGCGGGGUGAAGAUGGUGCACGGCAACCUGUGUCUGGAGAACAUCAUUCUCAACAAGAGCGGGGCGUGGAAGAUCAUGGGCUUCGACCACAGCAUCUCCUCAGCCAACCCCUCUGAGGCCGAGCCCAGGUACACGUGUAAGGAGUGGGAGCCCAGCCUCCCGGCGCUGUGCCUGCCCAACCCGGAGUACCUGGCCCCGGAGUACAUCCUGUCCGUCAGCUGUGACUCCGCCUCCGACAUGUACUCUCUGGGCGUGGUGGUGCACGCCGUCUUCAACGAGGGCCAGCCCGUGUGCCAGGUCAACAAGCACGACCUCUUCAAGAGCUUCAGCCGCCAGCUGGACCAGCUGAGCAGCAUGAGCCCCACCAUGCUGAACCACAUCCCAGAGGAGGUGCGCGACCACGUCAAGAUGCUGCUUAGCGUCGCCCCCAACGUGCGCCCCGACGCCGACCAGAUGACCAAGAUCCCGUUCUUCGAUGAUGUCGGCGCCAUGACCCUGCAGUACUUCGACUCCCUCUUCCAGAGGGACAACCUGCAGAAGUCUCAGUUCUUCAAGGGCCUUCCCAAAGUGCUGCCCAAGCUCCCCAAGAGAGUGGUGGUCUACCGGAUCCUGCCGGCUCUGACCGGGGAGUUCGUCAACCCCGACAUGGUGCCCUUCGUGCUGCCCAAUGUGCUGCUGAUCGCCGAGGAGUGCACCAAGGAUGAGUACAUCCGCCUCGUCCUGCCCGACCUCACGCCCGUCUUCAAGCAGCAGGAGCCCAUCCAGGCUAGCAAUAUGAUCCUGCUGAUCUUCCUGCAGAAGAUGGACCUCCUGCUGACCAAGACGCCCCCGGACGCCAUCAAGAGCAGCGUGCUGCCCAUGGUGUACCGGGCCCUGGAGGCGCCGUCGGUGCAGAUCCAGGAGCUGUGCCUAAACAUCAUCCCAACGUUCGCCAACCUGAUCGACUAUCCCUCCAUGAAGAACUCUCUCAUCCCCCGCGUCAAGUCCGCCUGUCUCCAGACGUCCUCGCUCGCAGUGCGGGUGAACUCCCUAGUGUGUCUGGGCAAGAUCCUGGAGUACCUGGACAAGUGGUACGUCAUCGACGAGGUCCUGCCCUUCCUGCAGCAGAUCCCCUCCAGAGAGCCUGCCGUGCUCAUGGGCGUCCUCGGCAUCUAUAAGUGCACCUUCUCACACAAGAAGCUGGGCAUUCCUAAGGAGCACCUAGCCAGCAAGUGCCUGCCACACCUUGUCUCGCUCAGCAUAGACAACAACCUCAACCUUAACCAGUUCAACUCCUUCAUGGUGAUGAUCCGGGAGAUGCUGAGUCGCAUGGAGGUGGAGCACAAGACUAAGCUGGAGCAGCUGCACGCCAUGCAAGAGCAGCAGAGGAGCAUGGCGAUAUCAACCACAGGCAACCAAUCGGGGGAGAGCAAGAGCACGCCCAGCUCCGGCCAUCAGAUCGAGCAUCUCUUCGGCAGCGGCGGGCUGACAGCCAACGGCUUGUCCACACCGGCACCACAGCCCAGCAGAGUGUCGCUGACUCUGGAGGAGAAGCAGCGCUUGGCUAAAGAGCAAGAGCAGGCCUCUAAACUAAGGAACCAGCAACCCUUGGCCCCGCAGGCUGCUAAACCAGCGGCCGCCGCCACUCAGGCGAAGGAUCUGACCCACAGUCUCCUCCUCCAAAACAAGGCGUCGCUCAGCAGCCUGUCGCUGGGCAACACGUCGCGGCCGGCGCCAGUCCAGGGCACCGCCAUGUCGGCCUACCCCAGCCCCAUGGGCGUCCCGGUGUCCAAUGGCUUCAACCCCUCCAUGGGCUUCCAGGCAUCGGGUAUGGGCAUGGGCGUGUGUCCCCCGGGCCCCAGCCUCUACGGGGGCAUGGCCACCACCACCAGCACUCCCAACUUCAGCACCCUCACCCAGAGUCAAGGAGCCCUCGGGCAGACGAACAAGGCGCCCAACAUGGCUGCCCUGGACAAUCUCUUCACCGCCAACAAGCCCCGGGCAACGCUCCACCAGCUGUGCUCCAGUGUGACCCCCGCAGCCAACAGCACCCCUUGGCGUAAUCAAUUUGGUCCUGGCCAGGCCAAUCAGACUGCACCCGUUCAGGGCAUACCAUUAGGAAUGGGAGGGGUGCCAAGUGGGUUCGGAAUGCAGGCCAACCCAUUCUUCAGCCCGCAGAACUUCUCUCAGCCCCCUUCUGCCCUGAGUGUGAAUCCCGCAGCGCUCAAGCAAACGGCUUCGGUUAACAAUGACCUCAAGGACUUGUUUGGCUAGAAAUACAAGGCGAUGCGGGAGUCCAUGUUGUUUUAAGGACUGUAGAAAGUAGAAAGCGUUGAAUUCUUAUAGUAAAAAGAAAUAUGCUGUGAGAAUGUGAUAACGAAUAAUCCUAUUUGAGGGUGUUGCUGUAUAUAUUUUUUAAAUCCAACUUUGUUUGUGAUUUUCCCCCAUUUGAAAACUUGGCCCCACUGGUAACCUUGCACCAAUCCCACCGCUAUUUCAAUGGUUGUAAAAAAAAUUGGGUUGUGUAAAUCCUAUUGUCGCGUUCUCAUCACUGAUGGGGUUUUCCUACGGUUUUGUACUUGAAGCCUUUCUACGAAUGUCAAAAAGUUGAGGUUGAUUCGAUUUCUUUAGAUCGAAAUGCAAUCCACCAUUCCGGGUUUCUCUGGGUUAGAAAACCAUUUGACACCCUCGCCGAUUUCUCUUUGUACGGGUUUCUUGUACGUUGUCAUUUGGAUACAUUGGGGACCAACCUGGUAAUCCCACAAGCUAUAUUAACCAAGGGAACGCACUAUGUUGGGGUACAGUGGCUAGGAGCCAAAGAUGUAGCACUGGCUAGCCCAUGACGCCCCUGAGAGGCACCUUGGACACUGUCUUCUGUUGGAUAUUUGUUCGUCUUUGGGGAAAUGAGGGAGAGGCCUUCAGAGUAUUUAUCAUGCGUACCCUCCUCAUAGUCUUUGAGAGUUCAGUUGAAUCCUUCCUGUUCCACGGAGGGAGAGCAGUCCUUCAGCAGUUCCUCAUUCAAUCCACAUGUUGAGAGCGAGGUCCAUAUCACAUUGCUGGCUUUCCUCUCGCAUUUUUAUGGGCUGUGGUUCUUAUCAUAAAACUUGUAUAUGUAUGUGACGCAAAUUAUUUGAAGGUAGUGGGAUCACAAGACCUUUUGCACGUGGUGCCAGCUAAAACUAAAGGACUCAUUAUGGAUGUGGGUGCAGUAUGGUAAUGGUGAGAGAUCCUGUGGUAGAGCUCCUGCUGUUGGGGCGGUAUACAUGUCACAGUAUACAGUGUUUCAUAGUAGUGCCCGAAGGAAGAAAGACAAAAUGGCGGUUUUUCUAAUGUACUGACUCUACUAAUUGUUACAUUUAGGAUCAUUCCUUUGAGUUCAUUAUCGUAUAAUGUUCUGGAGAUGACAAUAUCAUUCCAUUCAAUCACAUUGUGUGAAGCAAUGAUAAAUACAAAUUUAAACUUAAAUCAUUACUUUUUUUCGUGAGUAUCCAGUGACAUUUGGGAAGGUAUUUUAAAUUGAUUCAAUUAGUCUGGUCUUGAUUUCUAUAGAUGAAGAAAAUUGUAUUAUGUCCAAUUAAUUUAUUUUUCCAUUGCACGAGAAUUACAUGAAUAGUUUUUUAAACAAUACAUCUCAGAAUCUUCUCUCUUCACAGUGAAUAACGAUUUUAGUGCAUGUUACUGAAGAAAUAUAUAUAUAAAGUUAGUGUUAUCUUUCUCAUUCUGACCCCAAAUUCCUUGGACCAAUGUGUUUGCACGUGAUGUCUUUUCUUUCUUUUUUUUUUCUAAAGAAAAGUUGCAAACGUUUGUAUGAAAGUAGCAUACAUAUUGAGUUCUGCACUAUGACCUGAAUAGGAAUCUAUACUGCUGAUAUAAAAUGAUCUGCCGUUGAUACUUUUUACAUUCAAACAACUUAAAGGCCUUAAAAGAGUAGUGUGCAAUAUUCCUAAAGGACUUGGGACAGCAUAAUUUGCAGUUUUCCCUUGUUGCCUUCCCCUAUUCCCUGGCUUAGACAUCAUUAUACAUCAAUGCCGCUAAUUUAUUUCUUUGAGAUUUCCUCAUUGUAUUUUCACAAACUGGUAACUGAAUCAAAAUUCACUGCUUUUAGGACAAAAUUGUCCUAUUUACUGAAUGUUAUUGUCGUGGCACCAGUACAAGGUUAACUUUUAAUGUAUCUGUAGAGCAACCUCAGCACGGAUUGGUUGAGAAGCUCUUCAACCAUGUGCUUAAUUAGCUGAGAAGUUUGACCUCAUCAAAAGGCCGAAUACCAGGCAGACGAUUGACAGUGGCUGCUGCAUCAUUCAAUCUUUGCUAUAUCACAAUUUUUUUGCAGUCUUCAACAUGUGCUAGUAGGACCCUAAAGCAUAAAACAAAAGCUUAUUCUUCUACAAGAUAUAGCGGAUUGUCGGUUGAAUACAAACCACUGUUGUAUAUGUAAUUUGAUCUCUAUGAACCUGCUCUUGUGUGUUGAGGUGUGUAAUCUGAGGUGGUUUGAUGGAAAAUCUGUCCAUAUAUAUGGAAAAAAUACAGACUAAUAUUCUCAAGGUC